AUGCUUAAAGGUGUAAUCCUCGCAGGUGGACACGGCAUCCGUUUGCAUCCACUCACUAAAGUUACCAGUAAGCACCUCCUGCCUGUAGGUAACGAGCCGAUGGUGUUUCACAGCGUCAAGCAGCUCACGACAGCAGGAAUCACCGAUAUUCUUAUCGUGACGAAUCCUCAAUACGUCGGAGACUUCGCGAACGUCUUGGGGGGCGGAAAAGAUUUUGGAUGUGAAUUUACCUACCGGGUGCAGGAGGAAGCCAAAGGUAUCGCGCAUGCGCUUGCCCUUGCAGAAGGAUUCGCCAGCGGUGGCAGAAUCGUCGUUUUGUUAGGGGACAACAUUUUUGAAACCUCUAUUCAGCAAGCCGUUAACGACUUCCAAGCACAACAGCAAGGGGCUCGAGUCCUACUCAAACAGGUAUCGGAUCCAGAACGUUACGGCGUAGCGACGCUGAACGGGAGUUAUAUCGUUGCGAUAGAAGAGAAACCGAAGCACCCGAAAAGUGAUUACGCGGUGGUAGGUGUCUAUUUCUAUGAUGCGUCCGUGUUCGACAUCAUCCGCACAGUUGAACCGUCAGCACGCGGGGAAUACGAAAUAACCGCUGUUAACAACGCCUAUAUUCAGCGCGGGGAACUUGAAUACGGUCUUGUACAAGGAAAAUGGGUUGAUGCCGGAACUUUUGACUCACUCACCGAAGCGCAUCAGAUUCUGUUGAAUUCCUCGGACUGGCAGUAA